GUCCAGGCGGAGGGGGCCUCCUCGGGGAAAGCCGGCGCGGUCCCAACUACACAGAGGCUGGCACGCCCACCCUUCUCUUCUCGCUGCACCCCUCUCCCGUCCUUGUACACGCACACGCACGCUGACCCCACGCAGGAUCCAAAGCAAGAUUCAAAAGCACAUCUUCGCGUUUUCUACCAGCUCCCCAUCAUCCUAUAAGGGAGGAAGAAGCCGGCACCUCUGAGGUAACAAUGGCUCUCCAGAGGACCUUGUCAUUGCUUCUGCUCUUGCUGCUGACCAUGCUGGGGCUGGUGCUGAUACAGCCCUCCUACGGCCAGGAUCGCAUGUACCAACGAUUCCUGCGGCAACACGUUGACCCUGAGGUGACAGUUGGCAGUGAUGCCUACUGCAACUUGAUGAUGCAAAGACGGAAGAUGACUUCCUACCAGUGCAAGCGCUUCAACACCUUCAUCCAUGAAGACAUCUGGAACAUUCGUAGUAUCUGCAGCACCACCAGUAUCCAGUGCAAGAACGGCAAGAUGAACUGCCAUGAGGGUGUAGUGAAGGUCACAGACUGCAGGGAGACAGGAAGCUCCAGGGCCCCCAACUGCAGAUAUCGGGCCAUGACCAGCACUAGACGUGUUGUUGUUGCCUGCGAGGGUAACCCGGAGGUACCUGUGCACUUUGAUAGAUAGAUACCACCUUGCAGAGGUUAUGGCCCAGCGGUUGACCUCUAACUUACUCCUUGAAUAGCAAUGAGUGGUGCAUUUGAGCUGUCCAGGCUCCGUCUCCUCUGCUUAUUUCUUAUUCUUUUUCUCUAUAUACCCAUUCUGUUAAAUAAGAUCAAAGAGAAAUGGAGACAUAAACCUAUAAUAAAUCUGGGCUUCUCUGUAAUAAGUUCUCUGUAAUAACCAAUAAUACUGGUUAACUUAGCUCUCUCAGAUCCUAUCCUUUGGAAUUUAGCCAUUAUCUGUAUUUACAUAGCAUUUCAAACUGCUUUCAUCUAAAUUGUCUCAUUUUAAUGCCACUGUACCCUGUAAUGCUGCUGCUGCUGUUGUCAUAUAUAGGAGCCUGAAGUUAAGGGAUCUGCUGAAAACCAUAAAGUGAUGGAAAUACUGAGAGAAAAAUCUUGUUUAACUGGCUACUAAUCCAGAGUUUUUUCCACUUCAUCACAAGAAGUGUUUUGAAAGUACCUUUUUUUUGUUGUUAUUCCCAAAAGUCAGCUGUUGGGGGAAGCAUUAAAAAUUUGGAAAUAUGUACUUGCAAAAUGAUAUCUCUAUACUUUGGCAACUUCAUUGUGUUUGGAUCUAGUAAGAUCAAGAAAUGAUACAAGGAAUUUUCUUUUUCUCUUCACAAAUUAUUGAAUCACCCUAGUAAGUCAGAGUAUUAAAAAUGUACUAGAUCAUUAAGAAUCAUUCACUCUUCCCAAAUGAAAGAUUUUUCAUGUUUUCCUUGUAAUAAAGGCCCUAAAUUGCAGGUAUCUGA